UAAUUGUCGGUCCUGCUUUGUUUCUGUCAGCACAACUCGAGGCAACAUUAACAACUAAUUUGACACUCUGCUGAUAUUAAAUAUGGUUUGCUGGCAAAAGGCGCAGAGGUAUCAAGUAUAUCAGUACAAUGUCUAUAGUUUAUAAUGCCUGUCUAUAGUACAAUGCAGGCUACGUAGAUAUGGCUAUAUGGCGUAGGCCCGACGCCCAGAACUAGCCGUAGCCUAAGGGUUGGGGCUGGCAGCUGCCCUCGUUGUAUUAGUUACUUUACUGGGCUGGUUUGAUGGCAUGAGAACAGUACAACACACGCGUUUAGUACUAUAUAUGAGGAACAUGAAACUGCUUCGCUGACGGCAUAAUAUUUUCAUUAUACCAGUGCAAAUGGCUUAUUGUGUUUAAGUUUUCGUGACCUGAAUACCGCACGGGAAACUGGAUCGCAAAUAAAUACAAAAAACACCUGUGCUCAUAUUGGAAUGAAUCAUGAUUGAAAAUCAUGGUUUUUAAAUAGCCGCUGUCAAGCGUAUAGUGUCAUCUGGAAUGAUUUCCUAGACAUUUCUAGAAUUGCGCUAUUUUAAUUAUAACAUGUUAUCCUCUGGAAUAUGAUUCAGGUCUGUUGCAUUUUGACUGCACACUGGCCAGCAUGAAUACAGGAUGUCAGUAACACAUGGACCACGUUCGCCGACCGAGGGUGGGGGGUGAAACACCGCUUUCAGGGAAGUUGCCUCCCAGUAGUCUCCCCAAGCGCCCGCUAGAUGGCAGUCUCUCGUCAUCCGUGUCUGUUCCGGGUCGCCCGGGAAGCGAUUCUAAUGUUUACAUGGUCCAGCUGAGCUAACCGGGCGGCGCCGGCACACGGUAGAGCUCAUCGAUCGCCUGUUAUCUGACCAUGGCAGCGGACGGCUGCCGCCGUGUUGUCCUGCUGCCGGUUGUGCUCUCCUCGCUGUGGCCCUGCAUAAUGGUGUCCGCCCAAAGCUUGGCCUCCGUGGAAGUGUUUUUCAAGGAUCGCCGGGUUGUACCCACCCUCUUGCAAGGAGAGGUCAUCGAGGGCAGCUGGGCUGAUGAUCCGCAACGGGACGGUGAUCCGAGAGGUGCUGAACUUCGGCCCGGUAGUGUGGAAGGGAAUCUGCGCGUAGUGCAAGAUGACAGUGUCAAUCUCCAAGACCAAUCAGAAGCCAAUGAGCCCUGGAUAGGUGUGGUUCCGGUCCAGAUCGGAGAGAGUGACGCUUCAAAUGGGAACCAGGAGUCCUUUGCGGCUGCCGUUGUGAACAAGAUGAAGCGAGCCUUGGUCCUAGGAGCAUCUGCUCUGCUGAUCCUGGCCUUCAACCAGAACACUCUGAGGGAGAUGGACCUCUCCCAGGUGCUCUCCAAGCCAGUGGUGGUGAUCCAGACGUCGGAGAACGUCACCAAACUGCUCGGCGCUCUCCUCAGGGGUCUUCGUGCCACAGCUAAAAUCACAUACAGGACCCUGGUGCAGGAGAACCUGGGGGCCACCUUGACACUGUGGUCCAGUUGUGGACGGUCCCGCGGGGGCCUGUAUGGGGAGUGGCAGGGAGUCAUCUGCACUGGGGAGUCCAACUCCCAGGUCCAGAAGUACCUGCAGCAGCUGUGGGACACAGUGCUCCUGGUGGCCACAAUCCUGUGCACGGGAGUCAUCGUCCAGGCGCACUGGCAGUAUCGCGGCCAGGAGGGCGGCGACAACCUGGAGCUGCUUCCAAAGCAGGACGUCUUGAAGAGGCUGGCAGCCCUAAAGACAAGGAAGUACCGCCCGCCGCGGCCACGACGGGACGGCGGCCAGGGAACGGAGACGGAGGACUGUGCCGUGUGCCUGGAGCAGUUCUACAACAACCAGUGCCUGCGGGUGCUGCCCUGCCUGCACGAGUUCCACAGGGACUGCGUGGACACCUGGCUGCUCCUGCAGCACACCUGCCCACUGUGCAAGCGCAGCAUCCUGGGUAACUUCUGUAAGGACAGCUAAUGGCUUUUGCCUGGGAUGUGACUGGACUCACAACGGGAUUGAGCUCUGAACCCCGCCCAGCCUAGCCCCCCGGUGCUCUAAACCUUGCUGGCCUCUGUGGCCAUUCCUGAGCCACCCCCCCCCGAACUAGAGCAUCUGUGUGGUGUGCGUGCGUGCAUGUCCGCCCGCCCUGGCACUGUCAGGGUAGUCUGUAGGCCAUGAGACUGGCUCCCCCGUUUUGUCGUACGUCCUCUUUGUCAUGGCAGAUGAUUAACCCUUCAUUGUCUGAAGUCACAGGUCACGGGAAACCGUCUGCCUGUACGCAAGCGGAGAGGCGACACUGGGCUACAAGUUUUUGAUAAUAUUUAAUACUAUUCAGUAUAUUUUAUAAUCUACUGAGAUUUUGCAUGGUGACAUGAUGCUGCGGCCGUUUUGGGCUGCCACCAUCACAGAAAGGAAGAGGUGUAAGCAAACCUCGCAGGUAACUAAACAGUGGUGGACAGACACCCAGCAGAGCGCCAGAGUACCAGUCUACACCAGGGCUGCAUGAUAUCAGAUCUCGAUUUCCUCGCGAUUAUAUGGCAAAUGCACAGUAAUCACUGGGGCUUUACUGACAGGCGAAACAUUUGGCCAGACGCCUGCUUCUCGGUACUGUGCAGAUGUUUACUUGCGCUCACCAUUAGUAAGCAGAUCAGUAGUAUACCUAAAAUAUUAGUUAUCUGUAUAAAUUCACCACAUCCUUAUGUUUAAUAAACAUGAGGGACUUUAAACUGCAAACAGUACCGCCAUAACGCUCUCUCUGCCCAUAAACGCCCAUAACGCUAUCUCCCCUUUCAGAUGAUGAUGUGGCUGCUGAGCUGUCUCUUUCUUCACUGCUACUUCAGUGCUUAGAAAUCGCUUCUAUGCUUUAGCAAAACAGUAAUACAGGGUACUCUGCUAACGGAGUUUAAUAGGCAAAAGGAUAUGUAGAAUUUAUACAGAUUACUAACUUAGGGGCAUCAAAAUGUGCAUCUCCUGAAUAUUUUAAGCAUACUACUAAUCUGCUUACCAAAUCGUGGGCGAAAAUAAACGUCCGUAUAGUACCGAAAAUCCGGCAUCCAGACGAAGGUUUUGCCUGCCAUCUAAAGCCCUGGUGAUUAUUGUGCACGCGGCAUAUACUGGCGAGGAAAUCGAGAUCUGACAUCAUGCAGCCAUAGUCUACCCACCUCUGCUUCUGGCCGAUUACCAAUGUGAUGUAAAACUGCACUCCUGAGACAGUGAGGCACACUCCCUGCUCCCAGAGCAGCACUGAUGCUGCCCCCUACUGACAAAAAUCCAGUACAGCGUCAGAAAGCGCACAUAAUUUAUUGCACCCACAGAUAUAUACCCGUUGGAAAAACCUUCCACGUAAUGAAGAACAUUGACUGGCUCCUCCGGCUCAGAAGGCUGUGUCCAUGUUUCACAGUGCGCGCGUCAGCUGGAGGGGGGGUAUGUCACAUGGGGUUCUGACCCCAUCCCGAACUGAUGUACCUUCUGUCCAUUAAACGUCACAGGGAGUCCGUUUAAUGUCAAUCUAAGUGUUUACAUCUCUCUGGUGUUUAAUAAAUGGAUCUGUUACAAACUUUA